CAAAACAGAAGUCUCUCUCUCUCAUAAAGUUUCCUCCUUUCCAAGUUGAUGAUCUAAAAUAUCUGUCAUUUGAAUGCGGUCCUCAUUAUUUUUCGUUUUCAAGUUGUCGACGAAGAUGGUCCCUUGAAUAUUCUAUCAGAUAAGGUGGCGGCCCUUACUUGGAAUCUCUAGGCUUCUAUAAGUGAUUGUUUUUUUUCCCCCGAUAGUGAGGAAGAGAUGAUAGAAGAGAAAGAGAAGAAGUUUCUCACAGUAGCACCAUUUCAGUGUGCUUGGAGGAAAGAUUUGAAAUUUAGGGAAGCUGGAAGAGGUUGUGUGGCUUUUGAUGCUUUUGCUUGCAAUGAUGUCACAGUGGUGUUUAGGGAGAAUGUAGGGAGUCAACACUACCAUUAUAAGAGGGAUAACAGUCCUCAUUAUACUGUGAUUCUUGGGAGUCAUAGGAAUCGUCGACUGAAAAUUGAGGUCGAUGGCAAAACAGUUGUUGAUGAGGAAGGUGUUGCGCUUUGCUGCUCAUCCAUGUUUCAAAGUUAUUGGAUCAGUAUUUAUGACGGGUUGAUUAGUGUCGGAAAAGGGAGAUACCCUUUUCAGAAUCUUGUGUUUCAGUGGUUAGAUUCAAAUCCAAAUUGUAGCAUUCGGUAUGUUGGUCUUAGCAGCUGGGAUAAACAUGUCGGGUAUAGAAAUGUCAAUGUGUUGCCGUUGCCAAAGAAUCAUAUGUUGCUAUGGAAGCAAGUUGACUCUGGAGAAUAUGAGGGGACUGAUGAUGGAGAAGAGGAGUUAGAAGGUGGACAGAUGAGCUAUGAGAGACGGGGACUUGAGAAUUUUCUUGAGAGUUGGGAAUUAUCUGAUGUAUUUUUCGUUGUUGGCAAGGAGGAAAGACUUGUCCCAGCUCAUAAGGUUAUCUUACAAGCAUCCGGUAAUUUUCCUUUGAGCUCGUCAAAUGAAGAUGUUAUUCAGCUGCAGGAUGCAACAUAUCCAAUUCUUCAUGCACUUCUUCAAUAUAUAUACACCGGCCACACACAGAUUUCAGAGUCGCAACUUGGUUCUCUAUGGGCAUUGAGCUUACAAUUUGAAGUGAUGCCACUGGGGAAGCUCUGUGAGGAAAUUGUGGAGCGAUUUAAAUUGAAUAAAAAGUUGUUUGACUCCAGUAAGAAUGUGGAAUUGUCAUAUCCAAGCUCCCAGCCCCAUUGUUGUAUGGCCUUCCCUUCUCAACUGCCUAUAAAUGUGCAAAGGCUUAAACAGUUGCAGUCGACUGGAGAAUAUAGUGGCAUAAACAUUUACAUUGAGGGUCAUGGUCUUGUUGCUCAACCUCACAAAGUCAUUCUAAGUUUAUGGAGUGUUCCAUUUUCAAAGAUGUUUACAAAUGGAAUGAGUGAGAGUAGCUCCUCAGAGGUUUUCUUAAGGGAUGUGUCACCUGAAGCCUUCAAGGUUAUGCUUGAAUUCAUGUAUAGUGGAGAACUCAGUUUGGAAGAUUCCACGGAAUUUGGAACCUUGCUCCUGCAGACUCUUUUGUUAGCUGAUCAAUUUGGGGUCACUCUCCUUUACCAAGAAUGCUGCAAAACACUUUUAGAGUGCCUAUCGGAGGACUCAGUAGGUCCAAUCCUUCAAGCGGUGUCAUCGAUUCCAUCAUGUAAACUCAUUGAAGAAACAUGCGAGAGGAAAUUUGCUAUGCACUUUGAUUAUUGUACCGCUACAAGCCUUGAUUUCAUCUUAUUAGAUGAGACAAAUUUUAGCAAUAUCAUUCAGCAUCAAGAUCUAACUGUAACAUCUGAGGAAAGAGUUCUCAAUGCAAUCUUCAUGUGGUGUAUGAGACAUAAAGAAUUGUGUGGAUGGGAGGUCAUCGCUGAGCUACUUGCACUUUCUACUCCUGACCUCCUUUUCGGGGACAGGCUUCAAUCUCUUAAUAACUUGUUGCCAUUUGUGCGAUUUCCAUUGAUGCCAUAUGACUUGCUUAAGAAGCUGGGGCAAAGCAACCUACGCAGGCAUGUCCCUAUUUUUGAUGAUCUUGUGAGGGAGGGCAUCGGUUAUGCAGAAUUUGGAUCCCUAAGGCCAGGGAAUGACCAAAACCCUAGGUUUCAACAUAGGCAAUCUAGCUAUAAGGAGCUCCAGUACAUAUGUGAUGGUGACAGCAAUGGAGUACUCUACUUUGCUGGUACAUCUUAUGGAGAACAUCAAUGGAUUAAUCCCAUUUUAGCAAAGAGAAUCACGAUCACUGCCAGCAGUCCCCCUUCAAGAUAUACCGACCCCAAGACUUUGGUGUCACGAACUUACCAGGGAACGUCUUUUGCUGGGCCUUGCAUGGAAAAUGGACACAUACGAGCAUGGUGGACAGUUGACAUUGGCCAAGAUCAUCAGCUUAUGUGCAACCACUACACUUUGAGACAAGAUGGGUCAAGAGCCUUCAUAAGAUUUUGGAAUUUGCAGGGUUCACUGGAUGGGAAGACAUGGACGAACUUGAGAGUGCACGAGAAUGACCAAACAAUGUGUAAGGCUGAUCAGUUUGCAUCAUGGCCCGUAACGGGGCCACAUGCUUUACUUCCUUUUAGGUUCUUCAGGGUUCUUCUAACAGGUCCUACGACAGAUGCCUCAAACCCCCACAACUUGUGCAUCUGCUUCUUGGAACUCUAUGGUUACUUCCACUAGCUUGAGAGAUUUACGCUUAGGUGUGUUUACUUCUUAUUUUGAUGGGAUUUAUAGAUGCCCUUUCUUGUCCCAACAAUAUGCAAUCCAUUACUGUAACCAAAAUAAAAUGUAGCCAUUACAGCUCUUAUGUACAGCUCCUGCGUAAUGAAAAUAAAAAUUCAAGCGUCUGCUAUCCAAAUGAAAA